CCUUCAAGUUAAUUGUUUCCCAUCAAACGAAAAGUUUCCUUGUAAAUUGGGUUCUAUCGAAACUAUAAACGAAACGAAAGGGGCGAAAGAAGCUGGAGGAGAUAGUGGUGGAUGGCAAGAACCAACAAAUAUACCUCUAUCAAUUUCAACCAUGUCAUCGAGAAAAACCUGACUUCCUCUUCUUCUUCCAACAAGAAUCCCCAAACCAAUCCCCAAAGCCAAUCGUCUUUUGCUUCUUAUUCAUCCGCCAGCAAUGUCAAAACCCAUGGCCGCAUGCUCGUCCUGACCCGUCCUUCCCCGAAGCCUGUUUCGACUCCCCCUGUCUUGUCUCCAACGCUGCCCAAACAGCCCCAACCUCGAUCGUCUUUAGUCCCGGAUAAGCAUCCAUCAUCUGAUCAGAUUUCUUUGCGACCCGGUUCUGGGAUUUCAAUUACCGGUCCGGAGAAGAAAGGUGUGUUCGUUUCUGGAUCGGCGAAGUCAGGUCGGUUCGUUCCGCCUCAUCUUAGGCCGGGUUUUGCGGGGAGAGAGGAGAAACCCGAACCCAAAGUCUUUCGAGGGAGAGAACAGGGGAUAAAGCAUUUUGGGUCGUCGGGUUACUAUGGUGAAGUUAUGCGACCCAAAUCAGGCGGUUACGAGAAAAUCAAAAGAGGCGGCGAAUCAGAUUUGGGAUUGAUUCCUCGUCCCAGAUCCAGUGGAAGCCGCCCUAGUUCUAGUGGAUGAACCACUCUGAAGAACUUGUAACUUUCUUGAAGGCGUAGAUGGAUGCUUUAUUCUGAAUGGCUGCUGUCUCUGUCCCAUAGUAAAUUGCAUUAUUUUUCAGGAAAUUCGAUAGAAUCUCGUUUUGUGCAAGGUAAGAUUCAUUUAGGUGUUUCUAAAACUCAAAUGACAGGACCAUCAUGAGUAAUAUGCUAAAUUAAUAAGAAGGAUCGAGGGACCAAACUCCCUUGAGCGCUCAGAAGUUUACCUGACUGAUAAGAAUAGGUUCAUAUGGAGUGUAGAAUACGCUUAUGUUGUUUUUUGUGUUCAACCACUUUAACUGUUGUUAUGGAGGGGCUUAAAUGUUGCUUCUCUCCUUGUUAUUUGUCUUGGUUGUACUUUGAAGAUCCUUUCAAUGUCAUAAAAUUUUAUUCAAUGCUU